AGCUGGGCCAUGGCCGGACAAAUGGGAGCAGAGGUGGCCAUCCAGGAGGCACACACGGAUGCAGGACCCAUGAAGGGGAAAGAACCCCUACCCCUGCGCAUGGUUGCUGGCCAGGAAGGGGAGUCGUCCUCAAUGGCGGCCAUCCGUUUUUUAAACGGAUUAUCCGUGACGUCAUCGGCAGCAUUGGGUAGUCAAGUCUGGAUAUCACUUUCUCCUGGAGGUCAUCGUUCAUCAGCUGCUGAUUUUUAUUUAUUAUUCUGUUAUUUAUUUUAUUUUUUGAAAUAUAUGUCGGCUCCUGUUGGUGGCCAGGGUGGGUGUGGGUUUUCAGGGCGUGCCUUCGAUGAGGUCACAACUAGGACUGAUAGCCACUACCAGAGUGGUUACAGCUUUUUAUUUGCGUAAUAUACAGUGAUUACUUACACUAAUACAUUUUAUACAAAUAUUAGAUAACAUAAGAAGCAAUUAAUAACAAGCUUAUAGAAAUAAUUGAAUUACUAACAGUUUUUAACAUAUAAGAUUUGGAGU